AAAAUAUACACACGAAUUAUCAAUUAUGGAUGAAGAAUAUGAUGUCAUUGUUCUCGGAACCGGACUCAAAGAAUGCAUUCUCAGCGGCCUUCUCUCCGUCGACGGCCUCAAAGUACUACACAUGGAUAAAAAUGACUAUUAUGGAGGAGAGUCAAGCUCACUUAAUUUAAUUCAGCUUUGGAAACGGUUUAGGGGAAAUGACCAGCCACCAGAAGAGUUGGGUACGAGCAAGGAAUACAACGUUGACAUGAUUCCAAAGUUUGCAAUGGCAAAUGGAACUCUGGUUCGUGUGCUUAUCCACACUGAUGUUACCAAGUACUUGAACUUCAAGGCUGUAGAUGGUAGUUUUGUGUACAAUAAAGGGAAGAUCUACAAAGUUCCAGCAACUGAUGUUGAAGCUCUGAAAUCCCCAUUGAUGGGGCUCUUUGAAAAGCGUCGAGCUCGGAAGUUUUUUCUUUAUGUGCAAGAUUUUGAAGAGACUGAUCCGAAAACUCAUGAAGGGAUGGAUUUGAACAAAAUCACUGCAAAAGAAUUCAUUGCGAAAUAUGAACUCGAAGAUGAUACCAUUGACUUUAUUGGACAUGCCUUGGCACUCUGUACAGAUGAUAACUAUUUGGCCCAACCAGCUAUGGAUUUCAUAAAGAGAGUAAAGCUUUAUGCAGAGUCUUUAGCACGCUUUCAAGCAGGAUCCCCCUAUAUUUAUCCAUUGUACGGACUGGGUGAAUUACCACAGGCAUUUGCACGCCUGAGUGCAGUUUAUGGUGGAACUUACAUGCUUAACAAGCCACAGUGUAAGGUAGAGUUUGAUGACGGUGGGAAAGUUGUUGGUGUGACUUCUGAAGGAGAAACUGCCAAAUGCAAGAAAGUUGUUUGUGAUCCCUCAUAUUUACCUGAUAAGGUCCAGAAGGUUGGAAAAGUUGCCCGUGCAAUUUGUAUAAUGAGCCAUCCCAUCCCAAACACCAAUGAUUCUCAUUCAGCCCAGGUCAUUCUACCGCAGAAGCAACUCGGUCGCAAAUCAGACAUGUACCUGUUCUGUUGUUCCUACUCCCACAAUGUCGCUCCAAAAGGCAAAUAUAUUGCUUUUGUCUCAACAGAAGCUGAAACCGAUGACCCUGAGAGCGAACUGAAGCCUGGCGUAGACAUACUUGGGGCGGUCGAUGAGAUAUUUUAUGAAACUUAUGACAGAUUCAUACCUUCACAUGACUCUGCUGCUGAUAAUUGUUUCAUAUCUAAAAGCUAUGAUUCAACAACACACUUUGAGUCCACAGUGAUGGAUGUGCUAGACAUGUACAGCAAGAUAACGGGAAAGGUCAUUGAUUUAUCAGUGGACCUGAGUGCUGCAAGUGCUACUGCUGAAGAAUAAGCUUAUUGUAUCCACUUCAUAUGUAUGCUGCAAAAUAAGUCAGUAGAAGCCAAUUUUGUAUUGAAGAAUAUUUUCAGUUAUCAACUCCCUAGCUAGUUGGUUCCUAAAAUGGACCUUAUUGGAGGCAAGAACUUGCUUUAUGUGUAUUUUUCAUGUCCCUUAUAGUUCUCUAAUGAUUUAACUUUUGGAAAGGUUUAGGAAUAGUUUCUAUGAAUCCUUUCCAUUACUAUGUACUGAUUUCAUAUUCCAUCUUGUAAGGAUUUCAUAAUUUGUAUUUUGUCAAAAGGAUGAUGAUGAAACUAGCUAAAAUUCAAUUUCA